GCGGGGCCCCAGGAAGGAGUUGGCAAGGGGCGGGGCGGGGCGAUGACGCAAUCUGUCCGCGCGCGCCGCUGGGCGGGGCAGGUCCGUGCUUGUCGCCUGACGAGCGUCCUCCGGCGUGUUAGCGGAUAGACAGAAAAAUCAAGAAAGAUGUCUAAGCAACAACCAACACAGUUUAUAAAUCCAGAAACUCCUGGCUAUGUUGGAUUUGCAAAUCUUCCCAAUCAAGUUCACCGAAAAUCAGUGAAGAAGGGGUUCGAGUUCACUCUGAUGGUGGUUGGUGAAUCUGGUCUAGGGAAAUCAACUCUCAUAAACAGCUUAUUCCUGACUGAUCUCUACCCAGAAAGAAUUAUACCUGGAGCUGCAGAGAAAAUUGAAAGAACUGUCCAGAUAGAGGCUUCGACUGUUGAAAUUGAAGAGCGGGGUGUGAAGCUACGGCUUACAGUAGUGGACACGCCUGGCUAUGGGGAUGCUAUCAACUGCAGGGAUUGUUUCAAGACAAUUAUCUCCUACAUUGAUGAGCAGUUUGAACGCUAUCUACACGAUGAGAGUGGACUGAACAGGCGGCACAUCAUUGAUAACAGGGUACAUUGUUGCUUCUACUUCAUUUCACCUUUUGGACAUGGACUGAAGCCCUUAGAUGUUGCAUUUAUGAAAGCGAUACACAAUAAAGUGAAUAUUGUGCCUGUCAUUGCGAAAGCUGACACCCUCACUCUGAAGGAGCGUGAACGGCUAAAGAAAAGGAUUUUGGAUGAAAUUGAAGAGCAUAGCAUUAAAAUCUAUCACUUACCUGAUGCAGAGUCAGAUGAAGGCCGUCUCUACCCAUGGGGUGUUGUAGAGGUGGAGAACCCAGAACACAAUGACUUUCUGAAGCUGAGAACGAUGCUCAUAACCCACAUGCAGGAUCUACAGGAAGUAACCCAAGACCUUCACUAUGAAAACUUCCGUUCUGAGAGGCUGAAGAGAGGCGGCAGGAAAGUAGAGAAUGAGGACAUGAAUAAAGACCAGAUCUUGCUUGAAAAGGAGGCUGAGCUCCGCCGCAUGCAAGAGAUGAUUGCAAGGAUGCAAGCGCAGAUGCAGAUGCAGAUGCAGGGUGGUGACACUGACAGUGGGACUCUCGGGCACCACGUGUGAGGUGGAAAGGAAACACUUUGGAUAAGGAUGAUCAGUGCUACAGCAUCCAGUUCCUUAGCCCUGAGGAAGGGACUC